GCCACCGAAUCAGGCCGAAUCUUCUCUGAAUUGAAUCAGCACCCAAAGCUUCACACAGCUCUACUAGACAGUCUCCAUGCAUAUUCUUAAUAUGCUUUUAAUCAAGAGGGAAAGGUCAGGAUGGCAUUAGCUGCAGGUGCUGAAUUGUACGCCUGGAUCAGAGCAUGGUCUCCAGAUUACCCCCCAUGAUCAGGAACCAUUUUCUUACUUUGAGUGAUAAAAAAAAUGCUUGGGUAGUUGUAGCAAUAAGCAAGACCUAUUCAAAAUGCAUGCCUCUGCACCACUUCAGCAUCCAAGAGGAAAUCCCACAAGUUAAAAUUUGCAGCCCCAUGUUGGAGCGUUAAUAUGGGACAUGGGAGAUGUAGAUUCAGUUCCUUGCACCAUACCAGACUUCCUGUGUAAGCCUAAGAAAUGUUUGCUUCUCUGUGUCAAUUUUCAAUGUGUAAAAUAGAAACAUCAGUACUUCCCUACCUCAAAAGGACUACUUAGAGACUUUGAGACUAUGGUGAUAUCACCACGUAAGUACUUAUGAUAGCCCGAGGGGCAUUCUCUGAUGAAAUACAAUGUCACCCUUUCUAUACAGGUAUUUAUCUGGCAGUCAGGCAAAAAAAUCUAAUAGGUAACAUCUAAUCUUAAUGUAUAUGAAUUUAUAUAUGGAUCAUUUGCCUCCAAAAGGUACUCGUGCAUGGUGUGAAAAAAAUGAUUCUUUUUUAUAACAACUGCAUAAUGGUAGCAAUGGUUUGGAUUAAUGAUCUGCACUAUUUUAUUGCACUGUAUCCACAAUAAAGCCAUUAGCAGGUUUUCUGGUUUCCAGUUUCUUAAGCUGUGUAUAUUAUAUUUUUAUGGACAGGAAUAACAGACCUGGAAGACCUUUUCUGUAGACAAGGAGCAAGGAACUGCAAGGAACUGUUAUUCAGAGGGAACAUCCUGAGUGGCUGGUACACCAUCUACCCACAUGACUAUAAUGCAAUGACUGUGCUGUGUGACAUGGACACCGAUGGUGGAGGAUGGAUUGUUUUCCAGAGACGGUUCUGUGGACGCUUACCAUGAUUGGGAAUCAUACAAGCGAGGUUUUGGGAACCAGCUGGCAGAAUUCUGGCUGGGGAAUGACAAUAUUCACCUGUUAUCAUCAUUUGGAGACAGUGAACUUCACAUAGACCUCAGAGAUUUUGACAGCAACCCUCAUUUCGCCAAAUACAAAUCAUUCACAAUUUUGGGAGAGACUGAGAAAUACAAACUGAUCCUUGGGGAUGUUGGUGGUGGUAACGCAGGGGAUUCACUGAGCAGCCACAAAAACGUGGUGUUUACAACCAAAGAACGCAACAAUGACUCACAUCCUGACAACUGUGCUGUAUCCUUCAAGGGGGCCUGGUGGUACAAGAAGUGCCACCUCUCCAACCUGAAUGGGCUAUACCAUAGGGGACCUCAUAACAGCUUUGCAGAUGGCGUGAAUUGGCAAACAGGCCAUGGGUACAAGUACUCCUACAGGCUGUCAGAGAUGAAAUUCAGGUCUGUAUAGCCAAGCUGGUGGGAAUCUAGAAGUAAACGGUUAGUUGGAGCCAUCUAAUUAGGUAAUUAUUUCCCAUGUCAAGAAGUAGUCAUCUUCAUAUAUGUGCUUUAGUUAUCUGUAUCCCUUGGACAAAGGACAAGGAGCACUCUGUUAAUUUAUGUUAGUCAUUAGUGACUUGGGUCCAUCUUGCUCCACUCUGUAUUUUUUAAUUUUUUUUUAAUAUAAAAAAAGCAAAACUAAAAUAAAUCAUGCCAAUGAGGCUAAAACAACAGUAUGCAUUUUAGAACUAACCAAGAAUGAAAUGACAGAAUGAUCAUGUUGAUGUCACAACUAAACACAAACUAAUGAAACAGUAAAACAGCAAUCCAUGUUGUAGCAAGGUUGAAGCAUUGUAGCUGUGACAGCCCAGGCAACGUAUGCAAGAUAAGGACUUUUUGUGCAUACCUGGGAGACCCAUUGGACAAGUUUUGGGGCAAUGAAAAUGCUCUCCCUUAUGACCAAGGAAAGAUAUCAGGAUCAACGAUACCACAACAAAUCCUUGCCUGUCAUGAAAGAACUUUAAUACUGGAUUGAAUCAUCUGUUGAUCAAGUCAUUGACAUCACCAUUACAAUGAUCACUAAUAUUUACUUCUUCCCAAUACUAUACAAAAUUCAGGUUUUGCAAACCAUUUAAAAGAUGUUUUAAAGACUAUGUCAAAAAGUUACACAAUAAAAAUUCUGGAUAAAUCUUUUUAA